UUUUUAUUUAGUGUCAACAAGCAAAACGUGAGUUUGAUCUUAACAAUUAGUGCAUUUUCUUUUGAUAAAAAAUUAUGUAAUAAUUUUUGUGAGGGAGAAAAGGCUCAAUUACCACUCAGAAAAACGAGAAGAAAUGUGUGGAAACAUACAACUCAUUUUCCUUUUAUGGACAUCUCUACUUCUCAUUUUGCCAUGUGUUUAUAAUGGUGCCAAGAUCCUGGUUUUCCCCAUUGAUGGCAGUCACUGGGUGAACAUGGAGGUGCUGGUAAAGAAGCUGCAUUCUCACGGACACCAGCUGAGUGUGAUUCGUCUGGAAGAUAGCUGGUUCAUUCAGGAGAGCUUGCCUCACUACACUUCUAUUACAGUGAAGCUCAAAGAGAAAGAGAUAGGACUGGACCUGUUCGAGAAUGCUGUACAAAGAAUCCUGGAGGGAAACAGGAAGGGGCCAAUGAUGGGGGCACUGGUCCAGAUCUCUGAACUGAUUGGCAUCCUGCAGGUGGCUCACAAAGCAACCUGUUCCAUGCUCACCACCAUGCUGGAGAACAAAGCUCUGAUGACACAAAUAAAGGAGGCAAACUAUGACUUGAUGCUCACUGACCCUGGCACGCCUGGUGGGGUUAUCUUGGCACACUACCUUCAACUGCCAAUUGUGUAUAAUGUCCGUUGGAUGAGUUUUGGAGAGUGUCACUUCUCCACUGCACCCUCUCCGAUCUCCUAUGUGCCUGUGCCUGGUUCAGGUCUGACGGAUCGCAUGGGACUGUUAGAGAGGAGCCGGAAUCUUCUACAUUAUGGGCUGAACCUCAUGCUGGAACGUUGGCUGGUCAUUCCUAUGUACACCAACUUGUUACUCAACUAUUUCCCUGCUAACGCUAACCUCAUUACUAUGCAACAUUCAGCAGAGCUUUGGCUUGUGCGUGCAGACUUUGUUUUUGAGUUCCCACGACCUUCAAUGCCAAACCUAGUCUAUAUUGGUGGCUUCCAGUGUUGUCCAUCCAAGCCUCUCCCAGCUGAGCUUGAAGAGUUUAUGCAGAGUUCAGGGGAACAUGGUGUGGUUGUAAUGUCUCUAGGAACUCUAAUUGGAGCAUUUCCCAAGGAGGUAAUGGAAGGCAUUGCCGCAGCUUUUGCCCGUAUCCCUCAGAAAGUGGUUUGGAGGGUUAUUGGUGAGAAACCAUACUCGCUAGGCAAUAACACCUUAAUUCUUCAAUGGAUACCACAAAAUGACUUGCUGGGCCAUUCAAAGACCCGUGCUUUCGUGGCUCACGGGGGCACCAAUGGUCUGUAUGAAGCCAUCUAUCAUGGGGUGCCAGUUCUGGGACUACCUUUGCUAUUUGAUCAGCUAGAUAAUAUAGUCCGUCUUCAGGCAAGAGGUGCAGCACGAAUGCUAGAUGUGGCCACGUGCACUUCAGAAAAAUUCCUGGAAGCUCUGACCGAUAUCUUAGAGAACCCGGCGUAUCGUCAGAACAUGCAGAGGCUCUCCGAGCUACACCGAGACCAGCCUCAGCAUCCCCUUGACAAAGCAAUGUUCUGGAUUGAAUUUGUCCUGCGCAAUAAAGGUGCAACCCAUCUACACGCUGAGGCAUACAACAUGCCCAUGUACUCCUACUACUGCCUAGAUGUGGCUGUAUUGGUUCUCUUUGUAAUUCUGCUGACUCACGGGGUUGUUUACACAAUCUGGACACAACGACGAAGAGGAGAGAUAAACAAAGCAGUGAAAGACAGCAACAAUAAAGCUAUAAAAGAAAGCAGUAAGAUCCUGAAAGAGACCAUUAAUAUUCUGAAAGAGAGCAAUAUGAUUUCGAAAGAAAGCAAUAACAUUCCAAUUCCGAAACUAAGAGCAAGCAAAAAAAGAAUUCAGUGAAUAGGCAAGGAAUUCAGAGAGAUAUAUAUACAGUAUUUUUCUGUUUUUAUUUCUUUGUUUUUCCUUAUUUCAUUAACUUUCUUUCUUUUUCAAAUUCCACUGUUUCUUUCCUUAUUUCAUUGUUUUGCCUAAAUUGUUAAGACUAAACUGUAUGCUGGCGAUUAGGUGCAGAUCACUUCCUGGAAUCUUUAAAGUUUCCUGUAAUCCCCAUUUAACCCUCAGAGACCCAAGGCAUUUGUAUUGUUGGAAAAAAUUCCUCCUUGAAAGUGUUUUUAAGGAAGUUCUGAAUUAACAACACAAUUCAAAACACAAAAGUAAAU